AGGAGGGGACGAACAGCAGAGAUCGCGGUCAGCCAGUUGUCGCCAGUGAGCCGAGCAGGAUCUUCUCAAGCGCCAUUUUCCUGUUAUUUAUAGCGGGAGGCAGCGGUCCGGGAGCCCGGCUGCGACAACAGCGGGGCAGGCGCUGGGCCGCGCCUCCUGACUGCACGCAACUGAGAUGACAGAUGGCAGGAGCCACCCCCAGCCUGGGGAUCUGAUCGAGAUCGACCGGCGUGCUUACCAGCACUGGGCCCUCUACAUGGGGGAUGGAUAUGUCAUCAACGUGACUCCUGUAGAUGAAGGAGCCCCAUCCCUGUUGGUGAGCACUACAUCAGUAUUCACUAGAAAGGCCAAGGUGAAGAAGCAGCUCCUGAAAGAGGUGGUGGGAGAUCAUAAAUGGCGUGUCAACAACAAAUAUGAUCGCUCCCGCAUUCCUCGCCCAGUGGAGGAGAUCAUCCGGAGAGCUGAGCAAUGGAUUGACAAGGAGGUGCCAUAUGAUGUGCUUGGCAGCAACUGUGAGCACUUUGUGACAGAGCUUCGCUAUGGAGAGGCAGUCUCUGAGCAGGUCAGAAAUGCAGUUAUCGGGACUAUGGCAGCCGUAGGAGGUGUCGUUCUUGCUGGUCUUGCUGCUGCUGUUGUGAAGAGCUUCUCGUCUAAAUCGAGUAAAGAGAGUAACUGCGAGUGAUGAGCUGUCCGGAAGAGCUCAGAGCAAGGCAGGAGGAGCCCCUGGACACAGCCGUCACUGGUCAACUUUUGCUACACCUGCCAUCAAGGCUUCCUUGCAAAUGUGCCUUUAUGAAGACAUUAAAUAAGCCUUAAUAAAACGUCAGAAACCCCAACUUUAUUUGCCCCAAAAUCCUCUUUUAUCUAAGUAUAACUUUGCAUCUAAGUUUGACUGUUUGGCCUUGCUUUUCCCUGUUAUCGAAUUAAAAAAUAAAAAGACAGGAUUGGCAUCAUUUAAGG